AUGAAGUUCUCUAUCAUUACAUUAUCCCUCAUCACUCUCGUCACUGCAGCACCUGCAGCCGCGCCUCAGAGCGGUGAGAUCUCAUAUGGCGCCCUCAAGCACGACGGUGUCCCUUGUUCACUCAGGGGCGCCUCAGCCGCGAACUGCCGUCCUGGUGCUGAAGCCAACCCAUAUAACCGGGGCUGUAGCGCCAUUGAAAAAUGCCGCGGUGGUGUCGGUAACAACUUCGGCUACUGGAAUGGUUUGGACGGAGCCGGAGGGUCAGAACAUAAGUGA